AUGCCGCAAGUAUCUUCCGCAUCCUCUCCGGCGAACGUUCCGCCGGAAGAGCUAGAUUGGAUACAAAUGCGCAAAGAUUUUUCUGGUGUGCACGCGGAAACAACCAAAGAAAAGAUGGUUCGAAAGAUAAAUGAAAAUCCUCUGGUACCAAUCGGAUGCGCUGCCACAUUAACAGCCCUAGGCUUAGGACUUUGGAAUUUCCGAAAAGGCCGUUCUCAGAUGUCACAAUACAUGAUGCGAGCCCGUAUUUUGGCGCAAGGAUUUACAGUCGUUGCACUGAUAGUAGGAGUGGGAAUUACCUACAAAAACAAGGAAUCGGCCAAGAAAUAAUCGAAUACAUGUGCAACCCAAUCAAUAGUUUGCUGGCCGUAAGAAUACGUAAGAAGCAUUGUUUAUUAAGAUUGGAAUAGAACGAAAUCGCAUGCAUUUGCGUU